GAUUUAAACCUUUUAUAGCUUAUUAAAUUGUGAAUAUAGAUUAAAAUCAUAAUAGUUAAAAACAAAGUAUUUGGCUUGAUAAGACUGAGGAUCACAUUAGUUGUGGGUGUUAGGAAUCUUACUACAAAGUAUAUAUAGUAUUAUAUAUACACAUUUUAUGGAAUAAUUUAGUCUACCUAACUGGAACAGAAAUACAUCAGUAUGACAGGAGAUUACAGUACCAGAGAACUUCCACCAGUGCCAAAUGACUUUCGUCCAUCACUUCCAGUUAAUCCACCAAGGAUGAUUCCCCCACGGAUAACAGUCAGCAGACCCCCAUCAGUAAUUUCCAAGUUUAUCCCAGAACAUGAAAUAAUCAUUCCAAAUGACGGGAACGUAUCAAAGUUUACAGUAGAAGAACUCUUAACGUUCCUCAAACAUAUGGGAGUUAGUGAUAGAAUAGUUAACCAUUUAAGGAAGAAAAGUGUGGACGGUAAAAGAUUUUCAAGACUUAGUGAUUCAGAAUUGGAAAAUGUGGGGAUUAAAAAUCCCAUAAUAAUAUAUUUUAGAGACAAAAGUAGUGCCAAAUCUAAAAAGUCAGCACCAUUUAUGUUGUAACUCAUAAGUCCCUUAUAACAUUCUCAUACUUACCAUAUACUUUUGUUUUGUUAUAUGCUAUCGUUACAUAACUCACAUGUAUUGUUUUAUCCUAAAAUAUGAAUACUUUUGGAGUUUCUCGUCACAACGAAGAAGAUAAAAAUGACCAGUAUUGGCCAAAUCCAUGUGUUAAUUAUAUAUCAUAUAUACAUAUAGUGACAGCAUGGACGACAAAUAAUCAGCAUUUAUUUAUGUAAACGGGUAUACAAGUACAUUCAUAAAAUACAUGGUGGUUUAAGACUAUGCAUUUUGUGAUUUGUGAGUGUAUUUUUUUUUAAUUGACUUAAACAUACAUUGAUCUGUAUUUUAUCAUUCGGCCAAGAUUUGCAUUGGGUUUAUGAAAAGCAGAAAAUGUAUAAUUAUUUACAAAUAACUAUGCAGGGUUUCUAUAUAUAAUUAUUGUAUAUGUUUAUUAAUACCGCUAUUUAUGAAUUUGACUAGGUUAUAUAUAAUGUUGUUAGUAAAUUUAUCUUUCUGAGUAACGAAUAAUGAAUUUGUUAAUGUACUCUAUCAUAAUAAUGUAUCAUGGUACAACUUGACAUUAGAUGAGGAAGAAUUGAGCCAUGUUGCUCUCACAUUGAAACAAUUGAUCUCCUGUUGUAGACCUAAUGUAUUUAUAUAACCAUAUCCAUUCAAAUUUCAUAAAAAAAAGUUGCUGCCACUUGACUGUGUACUGUCGGUCAAUACAAGCUUGGAAACAAAAAAGUAAAUUAUAUAGGUUAACUAUUCUAAUAUAUAUAGAUAUGUUGUUAAUUAUUACACAUAUGGCAGUUUUUGCUGUUAAAUGUUAAAACUAAAAGGUUUUUGUCCAAGCAAUUAAUGUAUUUAUUAAGUGCGUAUUCCGUAAUUCUGUGUAUCACGGCAUAAGAAGUUAUUAUUCGUUAUCCUCCCACCUAAGUCAACUUGAGUCGUCUGAAGAAUUGCUAUUUUUCAAUUUAUGUUACUCGUUUUUUGUAUGAUCUUCAAAUCUAGACAAAAACUUCGUUAUAAAAUAAUAUUUCGUGUUGCUAGUUUUCACUGCUGACUAGAAGCUGUACUUAUAAACGGCCACUCAGACCAUUUGCAUAUUUUAAAAGGGUAUACAUUUAACACGAAAAUAUAAAAUAUACAUUGUAUGUAAUUUUAAUAGGCUGUUCUCCUUCAACAAAGAUAAAUAUACACAAUAAAGGAUAAAUGGUACAUAUAUCGUUAGUAAAAUCGACCUAGAAAAACUGAAAAAUGAUAUCAAACCUGUAUUCAACACACGAAUUUGUCACAAAGGAACGGAUGAUAUUACACUACAGGUAUAGACAUAAUAAAUAAAAUUUUCUUAUUUAAAUGCGAGAUCAAAAUUCAUCUGUUCUAUUUGAAAAUCCCAGUCCCAUUUAUCCUGCUCCGGGGCAACACUCAAACGAUGGCUGUUGUCAUUUACUUAAAGAUGCUUCAAAUUAAUUUAUCAUAAUCAAAAAUUAAUCAAACCAAAGAUGUGUUCCACUGAUAUUCUUACAUAAAAAUUUCAGGUUUCUGCCAUCAUUUGAAAGUAUUUUACAUUAAAAAUUAACUUAUGUGAUAGUUUCGAAAACUGUACAUGUUUCAUGAAGGGACUAUAUCGAACAUUGUCAUUAUGAUGAAAUAUUGUAGUUGGUAAAAAAUGUCUACAUUAAAUUUCGAUCAUAUUUUACAAAAACAUAUAUAAUUUUUGCCGAUUUCAAUUUACUCUUUGUAAGUUUGAACUUUGGUUUUUGUUUAUAAAAAUUGUUAACUUUGUUCAUGUAUAAAAUAUGAUGUUAUUUUUAUAUUUAAGUAUGUCUUUACAAUGCAUUUACUAUUGUUUAAAAUUAAUAAAACGUGUUAUAAUAUU